GAAUAACAAAAAAUUUAAGGCCUGAGAUUUAUUUUAAGAUUAUUCGGCUUUUUAAAGAUCUUUUUUUAUCCCAUAAAUUAAAUAACUAAAUAUGUAAAGUAAAUCACUGAUUUAGAAAAUUUACACGUUUUUAUCGCAACUUAUAAGAAUGAUUCUACUCACUCCCAACAAUAUUUUUUUUUAAACCCGUUCAGGAUGUUAAGCGAAUACGAAAAGAAACGUUUAAAAAACAUAGAAACAAAUAAACAAAUUUUACGUGAACUAGGUUUAGAAAGACCACCUACUAUAGAAGGUUAUGUGAAAAAAACUAGUAAGCCAAAUAAUCGUAGAGCUGCAAAUACUAAUAGGAAUAAGGAUACUACAAGUUCAGAAACCGGUGAUGAUUCGAUAUCACGUGGGAGAGGGAUAAGAAGAUCAUCGCGGUUAGCGAAACUGCCCGCUAAAAGUUUUGAAGAAAUUGAAGUCGUUGAAAGAAAACGUGAUUCAUAUAUUUCCAAAAAGGAUCUUGAUUGGAGAAAAUAUCGUCCUAAUCCAAAACGAUUUGGCGAAAUUCCUGAUGUAGAAGUUGGAGCUUGGUGGGCAACUCGUAUGGAAUGUAGUCAUCAAGGAGUUCACGCACCACCUGUGGCUGGGAUCGCAUUUGCUGAAAGUGAAGGAGCUUAUAGCGUUGCUUUAUCGGGAGGAUACGAAGAUGAUGUUGAUUGGGGAGAAGCGUUCACCUAUACUGGUUCUGGUGGCAGAGAUUUAAAGGGAACGAAGAACAAUCCAAAGAAUUUGAGGACUGGACCUCAGACAAAGGAUCAAAUUUUAUCUGCCGGGAAUUUGGCUCUUAAAAUUUCAUGUGAAACUAAUAAACCCGUCCGAGUAAUUAGAGGACACAAAUUAGAUAACGAAUUUGCACCUAAAGAAGGUUAUCGGUAUGAUGGUUUAUAUACUGUUGAAAAAUGGUGGGAAGAAACUGGGUUAUCAGGAUUUAAAGUUUUCAAAUAUGCAUUUAAGAGAAUGGCAGGUCAACUUCCAUUAGGAACUUGUGAAAAGAGCGUUAAAUAAAUUCCUUAGAAAUUCGUUUAAUAAACACUGAAUCUUUGUUUUACCCCUCGGACUUCUUCGUAAAUCUGAAUCUUAAAUGUAUAACUUAUAUCAAAGGUUUCUUACCAAAAAGCAUCGCCAAGUAUUGGGAAUUAAUUCUUUAGGGUUUCUUACUCUUGCUUUUAAUAUUAAACUUUAAUUUAAAAAAGAAAAUAAUGUAAAAACUUUUUACAAAAAAAGAAUUUAUUUUUUCAAUUAG